UGGGAAAGAGCAGCAUAAACGUUCUGUAAAAUUUCUUCUUUUAUAUUCCACAAAAGCAAGAAACUGGGUUUUAAAACAAUAUGACAGAGUUUACACUUUUGGGUUAAGUAUUUAUAGCAGCACUGGAAUUAAAUGCAACAUCAGCAAUAGGCCUGGUGGUUCUUUGAUGUGAUCAUCAUUCAUCGUCUCAGGAGUUCGGACUUACUGAACAUGGGUGCAAUGGAGGAAUUUCCCCUUGAACUGGGAAGAGAAUAGGACAGAGGGAGUGUGAGUCAUGCCUCUUCUGGGAAAUGAGAAAAUCAGUUUAGAACUGAGAUGAAUCCCACAAUGGAUUGUGGCAUGUGGACAAAGGGACUGGAGUGGGAUGUGUGUAGGUGGGUAUGGAGGGGAUAUAUGGGAUGAAUAGAGGGGUGUUUUUUUUUUUUUAGCUGCGACGAAGUGCCUUGGUUCAAAACAUUACAUGCAUUGACACCAACAUAUAUCAAAUAUAUACAGUAAGUGUCCAAAUUUUUUUGAAGUUUAAUAAAUUUUAAUCUUUUUAUUUGAUUUAUGAUUCUUAAUUUAUUUCUAUUAUAAUUUGCUGCGAAUGCAUUAACAUUUGUUCACCUGUCUGGUCAGUUCAGUAAUGGUUCUUAUCAUGUGGUGACGAAUGACAUUACGUGUGUUGAUACAGAUUCUGGAGUAGGAUUGAAAUUCAUACGCAUAAUUAAAAACAAACCCAAUCCAAGGUACAAUGCAGUUUCACAACAACACUAACAGACUCAAAAAUCCCAAAAGGCAGUUCAGAACUGGUGCAAUAAAUUAAAAAAGAAAUCCAAGACUACAAGAGGGUGGGGAAGAAAUGAUCUAGGAUAUAGACAAAGCCACAGCAGUAUGCAAAUCAACUUUCAGAGCUGCAUGUGGGCUGACAAGAUUUCACAAUGUGCUGGGUAUUUAUAUAUAAACAGAAAAUAUGAACUAGGUGUAAAUGACUGAAUGGUUUCAAAAGCCUUGGGAAUAUUGUAGGAAGAUGGGUCAGCAGACAUGGAUCUUACAGCAUGCUUCUUUGCAGUUGCAGUUUGACUGUUGUGUUCUGUAAACGCUGGUAUUUUUUUUCCCCCUCUAGCUCUGUUUGUGUCUCUGCAAUUCUCCUGACACUUUCCAGCUCCCCGGAGGAGUAGUUUGGCAUUGGGAAAGUGCACAUAGCUUACAAAGAAAUGACUGAACAAGGUUUCUCGGCUUCCACGCUAUUAAAGCGCUAUCGCCUGGCCAUGACAGAGUCAAACUCAAUCUCCUCACCAUCCGGUACUGCUGCUGAGGACCUGUCAGAGGGUAAGGACCUAACAGCAGACGGGGAUCCCAACUUCCCCAUGUCUUCACUGGCAGAACUUCUGGACAAUGAUGAUGGAUCACAGCCAACUCAGGAUUCGCCCCAAGAUUCAGCUCGACCUGGACAACAGAAUUAUAACAAGCAGAACUCGCGAAUAAGGUUCCCAGGAGCCUUUAAAAAGGGAGUUCCUAACCCCAUGGACCGUCUUGAGUCCACCAUGUCUGAAUAUCCAGUGGCACCUGGGCCUAAGAAAGCACCUAUGGACUCCCUGUUCGACUAUGGCACAUGUAGGGAGCUCAACAACCAGAAAAAACGCAGGAAGAAGCUUCCACGAGGGAAGGCCGAGAUUGAGAUGUCAUGUGACGAGGGAUCCCCAGAGCCCCCUGUUCUUAAAGUCUUCAACCGUUGGCUGUUGUUUGAAGCUGUAUCUCGAGCAGAUCGAAGAGCUCUGGAUGGUCUCCUGCAGUAUCUUCAGUCACAUGAAAAGAGGCUGAUAGAUGAGGAGUUCAAAGAACCUUCUACAGGGAAGACAUGUCUACCAAAAGCACUUCUGAACCUGCACAAUGGUCACAACGAUACCAUCCCUGUGUUGCUGGACAUUGCCGAACAGACAGGAAACCUCAGAGAGUUCAUCAACACGCCCUUCAGAGAUGUGUAUUAUAGGGGUCAGACGGCACUGCAUAUCGCCAUAGAACGACGAUGCAAACAGUAUGUGGAGCUUCUGGUGGAGAAGGGGGCUGAUGUUCAUGCCCAGGCCAGGGGCCGAUUCUUCCAGCCCAGAGAGGAGGGUGGAUACUUCUACUUCGGUGAGCUGCCUCUUUCACUUGCAGCUUGUACCAACCAACCAGACAUGGUGCAUUAUCUGACCGAGAAUAGCCACAAGGCGGCAGAUCUGCGGAGGCAGGACUCGAGGGGAAACACAGUCCUGCACGCCCUGGUCCAUAUCGCUGACAACACUCGGGACAACACACGUUUCGUCACUAAGAUGUACGACUUGCUGCUCAUCAAAUGUGCCAAACCCUACCCAGACUGCAACUUGGAGAAUGUACUCAACAAUGAUGGCAUGUCCCCUCUCAUGAUGGCAGCCAAGCUGGGCAAAAUUGGGGUGUUCCAGCACAUUAUCCGGAGAGAGAUAAAAGAUGAGGAGGCUCGACAUCUUUCCCGGAAGUUUAAGGACUGGGCUUAUGGACCCGUCUACUCCAACCUGUAUGAUCUGUCUUCACUGGAUACCUGCGGAGAGGAAGUCUCUGUUCUGGAGAUACUCGUCUACAACAGCAAGAUUGAGAAUCGCCAUGAGAUGUUGGCGGUGGAACCCAUAAACGAACUGCUGAGGGCCAAGUGGCAGAAGUUUGCUGCUGUGACCUUCUACAUCAGUGUGUUUUCCUACCUUGUCACCAUGAUCAUCUUCACUCUUGUGGCCUAUUAUCGUCCAUCAGUGGGUACACCCCCUUAUGCCUACAACACCACAGAAGCCAAGGUGCGUUUGGCAGGGGAGAUCAUAACCGUGGCUUCUGGAGUCUUUUUCUUUGUAACAAAUAUUAAGGACCUUUUCCUGAAGAAGUGCCCGGGGGUGAAUUCUUUAUUUAUUGAUGGAUCCUUUCAACUUCUCUACUUCAUCUACUCCGUGUUGGUGCUGGUGAGUGCAGCGCUGUAUCUGUCAGGGAUUGAGGCCUAUGUGUCUGUGAUGGUGUUUGCUCUAGCACUAGGUUGGAUGAACACCCUCUAUUUUACCAGAGGCCUUAAACUCACUGGAACUUACAGCAUCAUGAUUCAGAAGAUUCUAAUCAAAGAUUUGUUCCGGUUCCUGCUGGUCUAUGUGCUAUUCAUGAUCGGCUAUGCAUCAGCAUUAGUGUCACUGCUGACUAUCUGCCCUGAUAAGAAGACAUGUAAUGAUAGCUGCCCCAAAUACCCAGAAUGCCGAGAUACAAACACCUUCAGCGAAUUUCUCCUGGACCUGUUUAAGCUGACCAUAGGCAUUGGAGAGCUGGACGACAUGCUAAAGGGCGCACAGUAUCCCGUCAUCUUCCUCAUUCUCUUGGUCACCUACAUUAUUCUCACCUUCGUCCUGUUACUCAACAUGUUAAUUGCUUUGAUGGGAGAGACGGUGGGACAGGUGUCCAAAGAGAGCAAGCAGAUCUGGAAACUGCAGUGGGCAACAACUAUCCUAGACAUUGAGCGGUCCUUCCCUGUGUGUCUGCGGAAGUCUUUCCGUGUUGGAGAGAUGGUUACUGUGGGCAAGGGCUUGGAUGGAAAGCCAGACAAACGCUGGUGCUUCAGGGUGGACGAGGUGAAGUGGUCCCACUGGAAUCAAAAUCUGGGGAUCAUAAAUGAGGAUCCAGGCCAGAAAGACCAUUAUGAACAAACACAGGGUGGACGGGGCCUUCGAAGAGAUCGCUGGUCCACGGUCGUCCCAAGAGUGGUUGAAUUGAACAGGGGCUCCAGAGACCAUAUCUUAGAGAUGGAGCCUCUCACAGGCAGACACAGACACAAGUCUGAAAGCUAAAGCUGAACGCUAAGGACUUAAAAGAGGGUCAAGCCCUUGAAACUUUUGUUACUGGGCAGACAGUUAUGUAUUUUAUAAAAGCUGACAAUAGUCACGAGCUGUGUUCAACCAAGUCUCUGCCUUUCUCACACAGAACAACCUCCUUGACAGUAACCAAUCUGGCUUCAGAAGUGGACA